AAUGAAGCUAUGAUUAAAAGAGUUGUUUGAAGUAAAGUAUAAAACUUUCCUUUCAACCGACUUAAAACACAUUAAUGAUGCAAUUAUUAAUUUACUUAGAGACAAACUUUAUCUUCUUCUUGUUGCAGGGAAACGAGGAAAACUUAAAUAACCCUUUAUUGGUGCCUCAAUAUAGCAUCAACGAGCAACCACAUCAACAAUCAGUGAACCAAACUUAUCACGAAAUGAGCGAUCAGACAUUUCACACGCCUUCGUUCGGUGACGAAGAAUUUGACAUUCCGGUAAUGCAUCACCAAUCAACAGAAUCACAACAUCAUCAGUUAGAUCAAUAUCAGAUGCAUGGUCAUCCGAUGGGUCUUAUGAAUGAUCAACAGAUUGUUUACAAUCAAUGGCAUCAACAACAACAACCAACACCUGAAAGUCAUAUGAUGACAAAUCAAUCAUAUCAAUUACAAUCGCCGAAUCAUUCCAAUUUCCAACAUAUUUCUAGCCCCAAUCAACAAUUGCAUAUGAUACAACAACCACUAAGUUCUCACCAACCAACGACAAUUGGAAAUCAUCAUCAACAACCUCAAAUCUCACCGCAAUUGAGUGCAACAUGUAACAGUUUCAUUGGACAAUCACCAACUCAAGGAGUUCGUAGUAAUGAAAAUCCAUCAACGAGUGAUGAAAGUGAUGACAAUGUAUUAAACGAUCCAAAUAAUGCUUUUAAACAUCCAUCAUCCGAUCCAUUCGCUGACGGCGAUUUACCAAAAGGGAAUACAGCGAAAAAGACUAAAACAGUGGCUAAGAAAACCACGAGAAAGAAGAAAGAUCCGAAUGAGCCACAAAAGCCUGUAACGCCUUACGCUUUGUUUUUCCGAGACACACAAGCGGCUAUCAAAGGACAAAACCCAAAUGCGUCGUUCGGUGAAGUUUCUAAAAUUGUCGCAUCAAUGUGGGACGUGCUUGCGCCGGAACAUAAAAAUGUUUACAAAAAGAAGACAGAAGCGGCAAAAAAAGAUUAUUUAAAAGCUUUGGCAGUGUAUCGGGCGAAUUUAGUUUCUCAGGGAAGCGAAGAAUUAUCAGCAUCAAAUCAGCAAGCAGCGUUGAGUCCAACGCAAAACAAUAUUCAGCUGACAUCAAGUCCAGCACCGCUUUUAACACAGGCACCAUCAAUAUCAAGUCCUCAACAAAUGCAAAACUUCCCAACAAUGACACAAACUUAUCAACAAAGCUUUGUGAAUCAAACUUUAAUUAAUCAAAACACGAUGACGCAAAAUACGAUGAUGAACAUGCCACAACAACAGCAGACUGGAUCUCAAAAUCAAUUCAUGAAUCAACAAAUACAUCAAAUAAGUCAGCAACCAUCAACUGGACAACAGCAUUCAAAUGUCUCAUCACAACAAAUAAACAAUAACAAUAAUAAUAAUCAAAUGCCACCAGUGACAGUCACACCAACAGUUUUAACUCCGACACAGAAUUGCAUUCGAAGCGGCUGUAAGAAUCCUGCCAUCGUUUCUAUUGAUUGGGAAGAUGAAUAUUGCAGUAAUGAAUGUGUCACGACACAUUGUAAAGACGUCUUCGCAAAUUGGGUUCAGGCUCAAUCAACAUCUCAACAGCAGCAACAAAAUUUUCCAACUGUCAAAUGAAAUUUCAAUAAAAAAGGCAAUUAAAUGAAGAACAUCAUGUGACGACAUCUUUUAUAAUGAAAAUACUUUUUAUUAAUGUAAAUGUUAAAGCAUACGAAACUAAUUUCAUGUAUUCAUGUAGAUAGGAAAGAAGAUUAAAAAAUCGAAUACGAAACAUUUUAAGAAGAUUACGUAACUUUUUUUUUCUCUACAUCUAAAUCAGUGAUUUUCAAUCUUUUCGACUUGGAAUUGUUUUGAAAAUAUUAAAUAAAAAUUUUUAUUUCAUUAAAAUGUUGCAAGAUUAGAAAAGGUUGGAAACCCACUGCCAAAUACAUAUGGAAAGGUCCUAAAACCUAAUUCAAGUUGUCACCUGCCUCAGAUGAUUGAAAAGAAAGAAUGUCAAAGGAAAAUUAUAAUUUGUUAACUUAAUUAUCGCCUAUGAUAAGAUUACUUGGAAACAUUCAUUCCUAUUGCCAUAAGGAAUAAUUAAUUAAAAUUAUGAGAGAUGAAAGUGUGCACACCAAUGGACUGACUUUCUUCUCUACUCUCAUCAUCAAAUUUCUGUUUGAAAAAUUAAAAAAAAUGAAAAACGAAAAUUUCCCCAGGGCACAGAAAAACUUCCUUGAAGUGGAAGAUAAUUUCAUGUACAGAUAAAAAGUUGUUGAAAGUUUUUUAAUCAUCGGAGGGAAUUUAUUGUGAAGAGAAAAA